CACCUUUCCGAUGUCUGGCUCGAAGCAGGGCUCGUGGCAAGGAGAGAAACGAGGCAAGGCAAUGAAAACCUUCGCCUUGCAGCAGUGGUUCCUCACGUCCCUUCUCAGUUGUGUCUUCCUGUUGGGAUGUGCUGAGAAGGAGCCAGCACCCAAAGGAUCCAGAGCGACCAGAACUUUCAGAAUUCCUUAAAAUGGUACAAGAUAUGCAAGAUGUACCAUUUGGGCUCUGCACCUCCUCUAAUGUUCUUUCCCAUUAUAACGUCACAACAAACACCAUCUCCCUCUUCCGUAUGGUGGAUAACAAGCGGCAAGACCUGGAAAUCAAAGACAGCAGUGGAAUUGACGCCACCAAGCUGAGUCGCUUUGUUCGGAUCAAUGAACUCCGCUGGGUAACCGAGUACAACCCUAUGACUGCAGUAGGUCUCUUUAAUAGUACCAUUCAGACCCACCUUCUCUUGUUCACUGACAAGUCAUCCCCAAAGCAUGUGGAGAUGAUGGACAAGUAUCGUGAAGCAGCAGUUCUCUUCCAAGGGAAGAUUCUUUUUAUCUCAGUGGACGUCUGUGCAAAGGGCAAUGACAGGGUUAUGUCUUAUUUUCACCUGAAGAAGUCUCAGCUGCCUGCACUGGCUGUAUACCACACUCCAGAUGAGGAGCAGGAGGUGCUGUCCGUGGAUGAAGUCUCCCUGGAGACUGUAAGGGGUUUUUGCAAUGGUUUCUUACAGAGAAAGGAAUUGGUGAGUGCACAGGAUGACAACUGGGCUGACCAAUCACAGCUUUCUGCUCCAUUAUUAACCCCACCCCCUGGAAUUGUUGUACCCACUUUUCCAGUUCAGUCUGAUGUCUAGUUUUAUACCUGACACAGCUGGUAGUGUUUCAGAGCAAUGCUUUUGCACCUAAAUAAUAAACAGAGGACCAAACUAGAUGUGAUAUUAAGUGUAUCUUU